GGGUUGCUGCUUAAUUUAUAUAUAUAUAUAUAUAUAUAUUUAUAUGUAUAUGUAAUUUAUUUGUAAGAUAAUAAAUUCACCAUCAUGUUGUUAAUGCACUUCUUUUUCACGUAUGUAUCAAUUAAUGUAAUAUACGUUUUUUUCCGUCUCUGUUGUUUAGAAAAUGAUACAUAUCUAAACAAAAGUGUACAUUCGUGGGAUUUUAACGAGCUUUACAAUAUCACUACGUACUUAAAACUAAUUUCGUAUGACAGACGUAUAAUAAAAAAAUAUAUACGAAUCAAAAAUGACAUCAGAAACACACUUGAAUUUGUCUGUGAAUUUCUUUAAAACAUUAUCUCUCAGAUUUUCAAAUAUCCGACUAUCUAUGAAGGCAACACAGGGUAAUAGCAGGACUGAGUUUUGGUUGACAACUUCCCUAUAACGGGUGAAAACGAAUUGAUACGUAGAGCUACAUUUACCGUCAUGGAUUCAGCCCGAUCUCUUAUCUGUCCAUUGUUCACAACCAGGUACCCCCGCCCAGUAGUUUCCCAGUUUCUCUUUUAAUCCCCAUCCGCUCCAGAGUUCCCUAUGUUAACUCUGUUGAGCAUGUUUUACUAUAUCUGCCUGCGGCGACGCUCCAGAAGUGGGACUCGAGGAGAGGCUCUGACCAGUCGACGUGCCGUGGAGUCCGGCCAGCGGGCGGUGUUGCCGGUCAGUGUGGAAGUGGAGCAGUAUGCAAAAGAGGUUCUGGACUUCAGCUCCCACUAUGGGAGUGAAAACAGCAUGUCCUACACCAUGUGGAACUUGGCUGGAGUACCCAACGUUUACCCCAGCUCAGGAGACUUUACUCAGGCAGCUGUGUUCAGAGCUUAUGGGAAAUGGUGGGAACAGUGUGCCAGUGCUCCUCCACCUUUCCGCCGCACACCAAAAGACUUUCACAGUCAGGAUUACAUUGAGCUUGGUUUUGAGGAACCUGUGUAUCCCACAGCAGUGGAGGUGCUUGAAACUUAUUACCCAGGAGCCAUUGUUCAGAUUUUGGCCUGCUCUCAUAAUCACUUUUCACAGAACCCACCCACUGAUGUUAGGUGGGAGGUGCUAUGGUCAGGAGAGCCCACAAAGAUGCUGACACCUCAGGCACGCCAGUUUUCUCCCAGCAUUAAACUCAUCAGCUUUCCCACCAACCUGCUACGACUGGAGGUCAACAGCUCUUUGUUGGAUUACUACACUGAGUUGGACGCUGUUAUUCUCCAUGGAGUGAAACACAGACCGUUGCCAGCUCUUUAUAAGCUGCAUGUCAUUGACAUUAAUGAUGUUAGUGAUGGUGAGGAGGAGCUGCCUGACGUGGGUGGUGGUUUCAGGCAAGGUGGAGAUGGAAAAAACCAGAGGACUGGAAACGGCUACUUUGACAAGCUGCCAUAUGAGCUCAUCCAGCUGAUACUGAGCCACCUGACCCUGCCAGACCUCUGCCGUCUGGCCCAGAGCUGUAAGUUGCUGCACCAGCAUUGCUGUGACCCUCUGCAGUACACCCAGCUGAGUCUGCAGCCUUACUGGGCCCGGCUGAGUGAUGCCUCUCUGGGACACCUGCAGAGUCGCUGCACCCUCCUCCAGAGGCUCAACCUGUCCUGGACCGGCAACCGUGGUGCCCUCACCUCUACUGGUUUCAGCAGUUUCAUCAAGGCUUGUGGUCAUAACUUGAUGUGUUUAGAGCUGUCAUGCUGUCAUUUCCUGAAUGAAGCCUGUCUGGAGGUCAUCUCCCAGACUUGUCCAGAGCUGCAGGAGCUCAACCUGUCCUCCUGCGACCGCUUACAUUCACAGGCUUUCACUCACAUCUCUAAAAUAACCCGCCUCCGCCGACUUGUGCUCUACCGGACCAAGAUAGAGCAAACAGCAAUUCUGAGCAUCCUGACCUUCUGCAUUGAGCUGAGACACCUGAACCUCGGAAGCUGUGUCAUGAUUGAGGACUAUGAUGUUGUGGCCAGUAUGUUAGCUGCCCGCUGUCGCUCCCUCUGCUCACUGGAUCUGUGGCGCUGCAGAAACCUGACGGACAGAGGCCUUGCUGAGCUCGUCACUGGUUGCAGAAUGUUGGAGGAGUUGGACCUAGGCUGGUGCCCAACGUUACAGAGCAACACUGGAUGUUUCCAGCACCUGGCUCGCAGCCUGCCAUACCUGCGCAAACUUUUCCUCACCGCUAACCGCACUGUCUGUGACUCAGACAUAGAUGAACUGGCUGCAAACUGUCCCUCCCUGCAGCAUCUGGACAUACUGGGAACACGACUGGUGAGUGCCGCCUCGCUGAAGCAGCUCCUUCAGUCGUGUCCUCGGCUUCUUCUCCUCGACGUCUCCUUCUGCUGCCAAAUAGACACAAGGGUCGUCCAGGAGCUCAGUGGCCUCUUCCCCAAUGCUUCCAUCAAGAAAAGUUUCACUCAGUGACACACCACUCUCCCCCAUCCCCCUGGCAGCACUGUCCAGAUGCAGUGAGAGAUGGAAGGUGCUCUUGCAGCACACACUUGUUUACCUGGAGUAAACAAGUACAAAAGGUUCAGAUGUGAUUCUGAAACGGUUGGUUAAAACCCACCUGCUCAGUGCUCAGUAGAGGAAGCAGUUUACAUUGAAGGACGAGCUUGUACCGAUAGAACAGGCGAUGAGAACAGAAGAACAGAAGUUUGUUUAAAAACUAUAGACGGCUUUUGGGACUACUUGAAUCUCAGAUGAUUGCGGUGAAGAUCCAAGAGUGAAAUCACAGUGAUCAAAGCUAAUGCUCCAGCUGGUGUUUUCUCCAUUACAUCCCUAAUAUGACAGAACAAUGUCUGUCCCCCCCC